AUGCUGGUCAAGCUCAUCAAAGCCCCCCUGGCACUGCUUGUAAUCAUGCUCAUCGCACUCUUGGCCGUGACAAUGGCUUUUGCUGAUGAACUAUCUCUCACCCCACAGGCGUCGGAUAUGCCAAAUGUCGUUCACACCCGCUACUUGAGGUCGACCGCGAACGUGACAACAAACCAACAAGUCGACAGCGGCGAAGGGAGGAGACUAGUAACUAGUCUCGCGGGACUCGAGGGACUCCCUGCCAGUUUGCAUCAGAGUGUCGUAAAGAUCUUCGCAAAACUUCGAGUGCGAUGGUGGCUGUGGCGGCAGCACAAAAAAACUCCGGACGAUGUGUUCAAGUUCCUUCAGCUCGACAAGGUAAAAGGCAGCGUAUUCAAAAGCCCAAAGUUUUCCGCGUGGAAAUAUUUUGUCGUAAAAACCAACCCCACGGAAGAAGAUGCGUUUCGUGUGAUGUUCAAAAUUAUAGAAAGCAAAUUUGAGGGUGAAGCUGCUUUGGUCAUGGUCCUAGGUCAAGCAAAAGGUUCACACGGGGACACGGUUCAACGUCUUCGCGACUAUCAGAUCGAGCGGUGGCUUGCUGAAAAGGAAACAGUUAAAAGUGUUUUCCAUCGCCUGAAAUUAAAACAACUACCGGACAGCGAAACAUCAGAAUUUGCUAAACAAGUCGACAGUCCAGAAUUUAUCAUGUGGGGUGCAUUCAUCACCAAAGCGGAGUCUAGUUACGACAGUGCUUUCAAUUUCCUCCUCAGAGGGUCAAAAGGCGAAUUUAAUCUUAUAAGGGCUCUAGCAGGAACAACUAGUGAGGACUUGACCCUCGCUGUAGGCCUGAUAUACUCUCGUCUCCAGCAUUUGCAAUCAGCGGGCGGUUUCGUUGGAUUACGUGUACAUGAGCUCAAUGAACAAGAGUGGCCUCAUUUCUCUUUCGUUCGAGUCGCACAACAUCUCCACACUAUUUUUGGCAGUUUUACUGGUACAAAGAUGAUGAAUGUGCUCAUGAAAGAUGAUUUCGCGGGGUCAGCGCGCCGGAUUAAAGCGCUGUUGGAGUAUCCUGUCCAAAAGAAGUGGCUCAAGAACCCAUUAGCAUGA